AUGUCCAGGGAAGGGAGCGUGACUCCAACACCGACGACCAAUUUCGAACAUAUUACGUUGUCCGAUAUAGAGGCCCUCGAGGAGCUCCCUGGUGCAUCUGGACGGCGACAGUGCAUCAGCUACAGAUUUGGCAGCAAUCGCGUGAUCAAAGUAUCGCCGCACCGGAGCAUUUUUUACGAGGCACGCAUACUCGCCUACAUCCGGCAGACCAUUCCAAGCAUACCGGUUCCGCGCGUGUACGGGGUACGGCAGCUUCGCAGUGCUGCUGGGAGCCACCGCUUUUGUAUGCUGAUGGAGUACAUCGAUGGCAUUGGAGCGGAUGAGGCGGCUUGCGAGUGGAGUACCGGCGAGACGCAGAUGUUUGUGGACUCGGUGCAGACGCUGCGUCGGGCUCUUCUCAAAAUAACUGGGCGGUGUAUACAAGCAGUCGACUUUUGCCAGAUCUCGGACGACACCGAUGCCAAGAACUGCGACAACGUCAUUGAUGAAGCCUGGAGUGCUCGAUGCACUUUUCAUGGAGCUGGAGGCGACCUGCCCACUGGCGUCCAGGACGAGCUGUUUGACCACAUCUGGCAACCCAUGGAGCGUGGGCCGUUUGCCACCGAAGCACAUUUUAUUGCUUCGGUCGGCGUGGCACUCCAACGCCGGGGCACAGGCGCUGCCCGCAUCGAUCUUGUCAGCCGCAUGAUCGACCAGCUGUCCACGGUCUCCACAAGUUCGGGAGGAACCUAUCCCCUGCAACAUGCCAACCUCAGCCUGGGCAACUUUCUUGUUCGCAGGACGGGACCGUCCGGGGGCGGUACACCCGAGAUUGUGGGGGUGCUUGGCUGGGGCCAGUGCGGGUUCUAUCCGGCGUGGUGGGAACUGGCCAAGAUGGCGGCAUCCGAGGAGCGACUGCUGGUGGAUGCAGCAGCGCAAGACAGUGCGUUUCCUCAAUAUGGCCACCACACGAGUGUGAUGCUACACGUGCGGGACAUUAUCUAUUGA